CCCGAACAAAGACUUUUUUUCCUUGUUCUUACCCACUCAGGCUGUUUGAUUAGCUGAGGCUAUGUAUGUGCGAAGAUCAUCCACAGGCGAGAUGGACGCCUUUACUACUGUGACGAGUGACGUUACUUGUCGUUUCUCACCACCAAAAAAUUUACACUAGGCCGACUAAGAAGUACUGCCACACAAAAUUCCUCUUCCCCCACAUAAACCAGUAACGACAGCAUCACAAAGAAGUCCUUGAGCUCGGCAACAAGAUGCCGCUCAUCAUCCUCACGGGACUGCCCACGUCGGGCAAGUCGACACGGGCGAAGCAACUGCAUGAUUACCUCGCCGAGCGUAUCGCCGGAACCAAGUACAGGCUGCACCUGAUAUCAGACGACUCGCUUUCAAUAUCGCGAUCCGUGUACGACCUCUCCACGGUGCCGGUGCAUACAAGAUCGGCCAACGCCAGCGAAAAGGAUGCGAGGGCGGCCAUUUACGGCGCCGUAAAGAGAGUGCUGAGCGACAAGGAUAUUGUCAUCCUCGAUGGCCUGAAUUACAUCAAAGGCUGGCGGUACCAGCUACACUGCGAGGCGAAAGCCGUUCGAACGCCGAGCUGCAUAUUACAGAUUGGAUGCUCCAAAGACCGCGCGCAGCAGGUUAACGAGGACAGGCUAAAACGAAGCCAGGCUGCGGCUGAACAACACGGAGCCGACGCUACAAGCGAUACCACAGAGCCGUAUGAGCCCGCGAAUUGGGAGAACCUCGUCUUUCGACAUGAAGAGCCUAAUCCAAUGACUCGCUGGGAUAGUCCUCUUUUUACGAUAAUAUGGGAGGACGAUGACAAGCAGGUCAAGAAGACGUUUGACUCUCUUUGGGAGGCCGUUGCGGGAGACGGCCGCAAAAUCAUCAGGCCAAAUCAGGCUACGGAGCCCCGAGGGCGCGAUGCGAGUGGCGAUUACCUGUACAUACUGGAUCGUGAAACGCAGGACAUUGUGAAGCGAAUCCUGGACCAACAGGGCGAUGAUGGCGGCGGCGAGGUCAAAGUCUCUCUCAGCGGUGGCAAGAAAGAGCUUAUCGUUGAGCUGCCGGCGAGAAAGAUUGGCUUGCCGGAGCUGCAGAGGCAUCGAAGAGCCUUUAUGGGGUUGAAUAGAGGGGGUAUUGGGUUGGAGAAGGUGACCAAUAUGGCUGCCGACUCGUUGAGGGAGUCUUUUGUCAACUACCUCAAUAACGCAUUUGAGAAUGAAUGAGAUGUUUAAAGCGCCCAGAUGAUAUCUAUAGUCUCUACGUUUUUGCUGUGGACUCAAAGCAUCAUAGGUGCCUCUCAUAUUCGCCAUUUCUGAUUGCAGGCUUCUCAUACAUAGGGUUGCCCCACGGGUUUACAAAAUGUUGCAGGGUAAGCGACAUAGGGUAGAGAACAGGCAAUGAAUUGGAAGUCAAGAGGCCAGCCAACGGAAUAGGAUGAGGGUGAUCGAAGUUUGAAUGCCUGGUUAUUGCUCAUUGGGUGUAAUUGGAUACACUGAUGAGAUGCUAUGAGGAGGCUGGUUUGAUGCUUUAGACAAGAGAUGCAUAUGGAUCAUGCUUACAGCUGGCAAGGUUCAGUGGCGGCGGGAAACGAAGCCGAACGCGCGCCACGAGGAGAAUCACGGAAGCUACAACAAAUCAGUUAGGUAGAUAUUCAAUGUCAAUACCUGAAUUUACUCCUCCUAAAC